GGGUCUCCGCGCGGCCGCCACGGGCGCACGCGAGGUCGCGCGGACAGGGCCAGGCCGCGGGUGCCGGGAGGUGGCCGGGCCACCCGCGCCGCCGCCCCCCAGCCUGACGCACGGAGGGCCGGGCAGCGAUUUGCCGCGGGCCCGCCGCCCGGGCCGCUCCGCCCCCGGCCCGCCUCCCUCCCGCCUCGCCCAGCUCUCCGCCCGCCGCGCCGGCGUCCCCGCGUCGUCCCCAACGCCCGCCAGCCCGGCCCGCGCCAGCCAGAGUGGCAUGUGGUAUAAAUACAUGAACUCCAUGGAUGUGAAGGCAUGAGGACAUGAAGGCAGACAGACUCAUAGGUCGGGCCAGAGAUGGUGACAAGGCUUUGCUCCACAGCGUUUGAAAAAUAUUGUGCUGCCUCCUUCUGCCUACUGUGGUGUCUGAGGAGAGGCCUGCUGUCUUUUGAAUUGUUUGUCAGAACACCGGAGGCAAGGACGUGAAAUGGAGGCCUCGGUGAUAUUGCCCAUUCUGAAGAAGAAGCUGGCCUUCCUUUCAGGAGGAAAGGACAGACGCAGUGGACUCAUCUUGACAAUUCCGCUGUGCCUUGAGCAGACAAGUAUGGAUGAGCUGAGUGUCACUUUGGAUUAUCUACUCAGCAUUCCAAGUGAGAAAUGUAAGGCCAGAGGAUUCACUGUGAUCGUGGAUGGCAGGAAGUCUCAGUGGAAUGUGGUGAAGACAGUUGUCUUAAUGCUGCAGAAUGUUGUUCCAGCCGAGGUAUCCCUUGUUUGUGUAGUGAAGCCAGAUGAAUUCUGGGAUAAGAAAGUAACACACUUUUGUUUUUGGAAAGAAAAGGACAGACUUGGCUUUGAGGUUAUUUUAGUGUCCGCCAAUAAGUUGACGCGUUACAUAGAGCCAUGCCAGUUGACAGAAGACUUUGGUGGGAGUCUCACCUAUGACCACAUGGACUGGCUGAAUAAGAGGCUGGUCUUUGAGAAGUUUACAAAGGAGUCUACAUCAUUGCUAGAUGAACUUGCUCUGAUUAACAAUGGAAGUGAUAAGGGGAAUGAGCAGGAGAAAGAAAGGUCUGUGGAUUUAAACUUUCUUCCAUCCGUUGAUCCUGAGACGGUUCUUCAGACAGGGCAUGAGUUGUUAUCUGAAUUACAGCAGCGUCGAUUUAAUGGCUCCGACGGAGGGGUCUCGUGGUCUCCUAUGGAUGACGAGCUGCUGGCACAGCCGCAGGUUAUGAAGUUGCUGGACUCACUCCGGGAGCAGUACACGCGCUACCAGGAAGUCUGCAGGCAGCGCAGUAAGCGCACACAGCUGGAGGAGAUCCAGCAGAAGGUGAUGCAGGUUGUGAACUGGCUUGAAGGGCCUGGAUCUGAGCAACUGAGAGCACAGUGGGGCAUUGGUGACUCGAUCAGGGCCUCCCAGGCCCUGCAACAGAAGCAUGAGGAGAUCGAGAGCCAACACAGCGAGUGGUUCGCAGUAUACGUGGAGCUUAACCAGCAGAUUGCAGCACUCUUAAACGCUGGAGACGAGGAAGAUCUUGUGGAGUUGAAGUCUCUACAGCAACAGCUUAGCGACGUUUGCUAUCGACAGGCCAGUCAGCUAGAAUUUAGGCAAAACCUCCUGCAGGCAGCUUUGGAAUUUCAUGGUGUGGCCCAAGAUUUGUCUCAGCAGUUGGACGGCUUAUUAGGGAUGUUGUGCGUAGAUGUAGCACCAGCUGAUGGAGCAUCGAUUCAGCAAACUUUAAAACUGCUUGAAGAGAAGCUGAAAAGUGUUGAUGUAGGAUUGCAAGGCUUGCGAGAAAAAGGUCAAGGUCUCCUGGAUCAGAUCUCCAACCAGGCUUCCUGGGCCUAUGGCAAGGAUGUAACUAUUGAAAAUAAAGAAAACGUGGACCACAUACAAGGAGUGAUGGAAGACAUGCAACUUAGGAAACAAAGAUGUGAGGACAUGGUAGAUGUGCGGAGGCUGAAGAUGCUUCAGAUGGUGCAGUUGUUUAAGUGUGAAGAGGAUGCUUCACAGGCAGUAGAAUGGCUGAGUGAACUUCUGGAUGCCCUGCUGAAGACCCAUAUCAGGCUGGGUGACGAUGCUCAGGAAACAAAGGUUUUACUGGAAAAACACAGAAAAUUUGUCGAUGUUGCCCAGAGUACUUACGACUAUGGCAGACAGCUGCUGCAGGCCACAGUUGUACUGUGCCAGUCUCUGCGCUGCACUUCCCGGUCCUCAGGGGACACACUUCCUCGACUGAACAGAGUGUGGAAGCAGUUUACAGUCGCAUCUGAAGAGAGAGUGCACAGGUUGGAGAUGGCUAUUGCCUUUCACUCCAAUGCCGAAAAGAUUUUGCAAGACUGCCCAGAAGAGCCUGAAGCAAUGAAUGAUGAGGAACAGUUUGAGGAAAUUGAAGCAAUUGGAAAAUCACUUCUGGAUAGACUCACUAUCCCCGUGGUUUACCCCGACGGAACUGAACAAUAUUUUGGAAGUCCAAGUGACAUGGCUUCUACUGCAGAGCACAUCAGGGACAGAAUGAAACUGGUCAGUCUCAAAAGGCAGCAGCUGAGACAUCCCGAAUUGGUGACCACGGAGAGCUAAUGUCCCCAGCUCCCGCAGAUCUGCAGGUCAUACGCCCACAUUCUUUGCUGCUGGCAUUCUCUGGGGUUAGCCACAGCUCGUUAAGAUGCAUUUCACAGCGGGAUAAGCCUCCUUUCUUCCCACGACACGUGUCUCUCUCUAAAUGCUAACAUUUCUCCACCACCAAGGCAUAGUCACAACAUGCUUUGAGACUGUAGACUCCUGGUAUCCUAAGAGAAGGAAUUGUAACCACCGCACUGAGUCCUCGCUUUCACGCCGUACCUGACUUGUCAGUUUGUAGCCAAACAACCAAUACUAAGCUUUGAAUGGUGCUAAUCAGAGUUUAGGAAUUCUCUAUAAAACAUGGCUGCCCUUCCUCCCCAGGUGAUGUAGGAUAUUUAGACCAUAGUUAGACUGUUAGUGAAUAGUGGUGUCCUCAAAAUUUUACUUUGUAAUUCUUCAAAAUUGAUUAUUUUUAAUGUCUAUAUGAAGAAAACCCUUCAGAUCUUUGAUAUAUCAUAUUCAUUGAAAGACAUUUUCCUAUUGUAUUCAUAAUGUAUUAAAAGUUGUUUGUGCUUAAUAAAAAUCUUCUUUAAACAUCUUAUUUAAUUUGGUAGUUACGUCCUGCUUCUAAACACGAGUGCCUUACUAACGGGGCAUUCUUAGAAUUGUAAGGAGGGUUAAUCAUUGUUUGUGAUGGUGGAUGCAUGUAUUUUAGGCAAGAAUUUCAUAUGUAUGCAUGUGUAUAUAAUAAAAAACAAGCAUGUUUAUUGUGAAGAAUAAUUUAGACCAUUAAGAACAUAAUAAUAGAAUACUAUUUUAAACUUUUCUCUUGAAAAAUGGUGUCCAGAAUAUUAGCUCCCCUGAAGACACUUUGUCUGUGGGGAAGGAGGGCUAAAGAUGAAGGUAUACAUACUCAAUGUAAUCUUUUAUAUCACAGCAAUCACUCUGGAACUAAAGCAGAAAUUGUUAAUAAUAUUUAAUAUCUCAUGGUAUUAGAGGCAAAAAAAUCAUCCUGAAGUAUAGUCACAAAAACUGUAUAGAUCUUUAGAAAUAAAAUUUGUCAUAAAAUGGUAAUGCUUUUAUGUUUGUAUUAAGUUAUAAAAUGUAUAUACUUUAACAUUGUGUUAAUUUUAAUUUUAGAAUAUAUUUUAAGGUGAAAAUAACUGGGCUUAUCAGUACAAAAUUAUGCAAAGAAUCGUAUGCAGGUUUAUUUUUCUGGUCUGUAAAGACGAUCACGUACCUUCCUAUGUUCAAGCCAGUUUCUCCAGCCUUCUUUUUUGCCAGCCUUGAUGAAUUUCAUCAUCCUCACCCUCACCCUGUGUCACCUUUCAGUCAGCUUUGCGCCUCACUUUACAGGAAACGGCCAUAGUCUUCUGGGUCCCGCAUUGAAUGUUUUUGCUCUCUGACACGUCACCUUCCUUUCGCUCCGUUUCUAGUCUCUCCCUAACAGUGCUCCAUCCCUCAGUGGUGCUCUCUCCUGCCAUGUGAGGGCAUGGUUUAGGUCUGUUGCACAUGCACACUGUGCUGCUGUCCUCAGCUCUUGCUCAUUGGGCAUCCCAUCCCUAGUCCUGCAUUUCACGUCCGAUCCCAAUUGCAUAGCUUUCAGCUGACUCGGUCCUCUCCCCUAAAUGAAAGCAUAUCCUACUUGCCUUUUCUUCCUGAGUAGUUUUGAUUAAUGGUGCCAACAAUGUCCAGGGCAAACCUCAGCUGUUCCCCAUGUCUUACUCUGCCUCUGAGACCAUCCAGAAGUCUUUUCUAUACUUGAUAACCCUUCUUCAGGGCUCGCCUCCUGUGCAUAGGAGCUCCUGUGAUUCUUUCUUCAGUCUUCAUGAUGGUGCUAACUUUUCCUGUUACAUCAUAAAGUCCUCUUGGGGGUGACUCUUGUCCCACAUGUCUUGUGCCUAGACCUUUGCUCAUGUGUGACAUGCUCAGUCCUACAGCUGUGUUCCUUUGUCAGCGUUAGUAAUAAUCUCUCCACUACUGCAGUCUGAGGUCUAUUUAAACAGUGUUUGGCUUUUCCUAGCGUUAGAACUGACUUGUAAAUCUGUGUCCAUGGAAUGUGUCUGAUGUUUUAGAUCCUUAGAUGUGGAACUUUUAGAUAUUGUUUAUAUUCAGUAUCAGUCUCUUUUUACUGAGUUUCAGCAUCAUCAGUAUCUUUAUUUGACUUGGUAAUUAUGCCAUCAGCUCAUGGAUGCAUAAUUUCAAUUUAAUUUUCAUAUAUCUUAAGCCCUCUUCCCUGCAAAAAGUGGAAUAAGACAAACCAUGGAAAUGCCAUGUCGGACUUGAAAGUUAAAUGGAACGAGAUACACAGAAUGGACAUAGUCGCUCUUCUUUGGCAAAUGUGGACCCCUUUUCCAUGGGUUUAUCUUUAUAGAUACACAAGAGUUAUGAAUAAAAACCGAGCAAUGCCCAAACUGACUUUCCUCAUGUGGUCACAGUUCACUUAGAGGACAUAUGAAGGAGGUGACUUCGGUUUGUGUGAAAUCUCAGGCCUUUGUUAUAUUAAUACUGACAUUGACCUAAAAAUGUCAUUAAAAAGAAAUACUUCCUUCUUACUGGUUCAAUGCCGCAGCCCCCUGCAUUAUUUUAACCCUUCUGGAGGUUGACUGACACAUUAGCUAGCUAACUUUUGUGUCUGGCUUUUUUUUUUUUUUUCUUUUUUGCCCGUGCCUAUCUUUGUUCCUGUGUAAACUCAGCAGACAAUGGCAAUUUGAUGUCUUCUCUUAGUACGUAUCUGACUCGGCAGAGCUGUGAUGCAAAGACGAUAACUUCCUUUGAGACCAGUUUGGCUGCAUUCCCAGUUCUCAUCGUUCUGACCUUAUUUUACAGGGGAGUCAUUAGUGAUCUUGGUGAGAGCUCAUCCUGUUAGCUUCCAUUCAGUACAGGAGAGUGGGCUGGAUCUCGUACUUCAUUGGGAUUGAAAGUGGCUUGUGGAUGUUAUCUACUCGGAAUGUGUCCGUCACUGCAGUAUUCUCAGUUGAUAGGUGGUAUGAUGUCAGUAUUGUGACCCAUUCUCAGUGAGAACAUGACAGGUUGCUAAGCAAAUCUUAUUUUCUCUUCUAAACCCCUUUGCAUGCUGUGGUAUGAUUGCAAGGUUGGGUGAAUGCAUCCCACCGCACAGGAUACUUUGGUAGAGACCAUCAGCCUUCUUUUAUAUGCUAGAAGUACUUGUCAGAAGAGAUUGUGUGUUCUUACACAUGUCUCCCAUCCUACCCAAAGCACACUGAGUCAUAAUAAAAGCAGGAUGGCUGCUAAGAACUAAAGAUACAGUAGCUGAUGCAAUGCUGUAGCUCUUGAGUUGUAGAGAAAGUAUAGGCUAAAAUAAACAUCCAUAAAUAGUCUGCUAUCCACAGCAAGACUUGUGCGAUGGUGCUCUGAUUAUACAUCCAAAAGAAAAGCUCUCCAGAGUUAAAAAAGAUGGUAUGAAGAAAGCCAAACAGCACCAGUGUUAACUUUCAAUGCUAGACAUAAACAUUGUUGCUUGAGAGCAGAAAGCCUUUUCUUAUAUGUAGCCAGUAAAUGUCUUGGUGGAACAAAAGUGAAUACCAUUUGACACUCCUUGAUUUCUCAGAGUCACUUUAUGUCAGUGAAUAUCCUGAGACUCUAAAAUAUGAAAUGCACAAGUCAUCAAUUUCAAUAACAAAAUGUAAUAAUUUACAGAAGUAUUGAAAACUAAAGGGGCAUAGUAUCAUUGCUAUAAUCUUUUUCAGAGUAGAAAGUAGUGUUCUUUAAUCUUGCUCUGUCUCAAGUGACAUUCAUGGAGUGGAAGAGAGGACACGCUGUUUGUUUAUCCCCUCUGCUCCAUACACCUUCUUCACCCCUACCCCUUAUCCUUACCCCUACUCCUUUUACCCCUACCCCUUCAUCCCUGCACUCUUCACCUCUGCCCGCAUCUCACCAGUGGAUAAGGGAAUGCGAAUUCAGAUCACAUCCCGAGGGUGGAGCUGGUGCCCUCAUCAGUGAAUGAAGCUUUAACGCUGGCACACUCCCUGCUGUGGGAAGAUGAUGGAACAGUAAGAUAGGAGACAAGACACAAAUAGCAUCUGUGUUGGGUUUGACAGGGCAUGAGUCGACUCCAUUUACUCCACUAGUUAGCAAGCCAAAGAAAGGCAUGGUUGGAGUGUAGCAAGAAAGGAACAAGCUAUAGAACAAGAGCAUACAUCUGAGGAUAUUUGUAGGAUCUCCCAAUACCGAGGUAGACAUGACUUGAGACAACCAUUAGUGCUGGCUUUGGUUAGAAAAGAGGCAGUCUGACAAACUCAGGCAGUGAUGGUGCUGGGGAAAGGUCCUGUAAUAGAGCUUAGACGUGGCAGCACUGGUCUGUGUUGGUGAUGUUCAGUAUGACUUAAUGCUGCAGGGGUAGUUAAAGGCUAAUGAGAAUAAACACCAGUCUGUACACUUCAGGAAGAGGCAGAGCCUGUGCUAGGACAUGGAGAUCUUCAAGAGAACAAGAGAGCCAGCACUGAGACUAAAUAUUUUUGAAUGCUGGUGAAUAAAUGUUUCAUAGACACAAAAUUAUUUUUCUGAGAACUCCUAAUGAGACAAGCUGCAAUAUAUAAUUCUUCUAUGUCAUGAUACAGGAAUUCCAAACAUGGCUAAAAAUAGUUACUGUCAAGUAUUAAGAGCAGAGUUGUGAGGGUUUGAAGGGAGACGUGUGGAACAGCGUGUCUGACAGGGCUUUGCACUCUGGUUCCUACUGAAUCUUGAGGGGACAUCUUAACAAGUGUUUACAAGUCCAAUGCAGAACCCUCACAGUGACUGCAUAGAUCUCCCUGUAGAGGUUGAAGACAAUGCCUGUCCACUGAAGGCUACAAGAUCACAUCUUUCAUGUCUUAUUUUCCUGGCUGUUUUAGCUUGUGAGACAGAGCACUAAACCAUUCUUAGGGUUGCUUUCUCUGCAGAAAGUGCCUGCAUCUGAGCUCAGGUGUUAGUCUUCACAGCCAGUGAAGUUGCUCAGGGAACUGCAUCAGGGUAGGUGUAGUUCUGAGAGUUGUGAGAGGAUCCAAAGAUCACUUGGGCAGGUUUGAGUAGAUUUGGGAGCUGCAUUGCUCUCUUCAGACUCGGAAGAAAAACUUAAUUUUCUAAAUUGGCACAUAGAAGUAUUUGGUCAUUAUCAUGUUGAAAGAGAAUUUGGGGUGGGGGUGGGGAGUAAAUGUCGAAAUUUCUGUUUCCUGAAGUCUUAAUAUAAAAAUUUUCAGUCUAUAAAAUUUAAGAUUAUUUCAUCACGUCCUUACCACCAUUAGUUACCCUUGCUUUGUCACUUGCCCGACCGUCUGUAUGUCCAUCCAUCCAGAUUAUUUUUCAGUGGAUCUGAAGCUGCAGAUCUCUGCAUGCUUCCAUCUAAACACUUUAGCAUAUUUCUCACCAGUAAGGGUUCCAUAUUUGCUUUCUCUUGGCAUAAGAUUACAUUCAUGGAGUGAAGAUGCACAGAACCUUUCCAUGCUCUGUUUCAUAGUUAUGUGGCGUGCUAUAGAAAAGGACAUCUACCACUCUAGAAAGUUCUCCCCUCUCACUCAUCACUGUCCCCAAAUGACAAGCCCUGUUCUUCCUUUCUAUUGUGAGUUAGAUUGUUCUAUUUCAGAACUUAUUUUAAUUCAUAUCACACAUCAAGGCUUCUUUACUGCCAUGGUAUUUGGGAGGUUUAUUUGUGGACUUGGUGUAUUAUUAAUUCAUCCUUAUGUUAUUACUAAGUGGUGUCCCCAUGAUUGGAUAUUGCCACUUGUUUUCUCAGUUUCCUAUUGGCUAACUGGGCUGUUUGCAGGACUGUCAACUAUGAACAAAGCUGCAGUGGUCAUUAUUAGGAGCAUACAUAUGAAUAUAGUUAUUCACGUGCUCGUGAGUAAAUACUUAGAAUUGCUGGCUCGCAAGGUGGUUUUUAAAAGGAAACUAUCACUCUUUUUCCCAGUGUGGUUGUUCUGUGCCCUGAUUUUUAUAUUUUGGGUGUGUAAAAAGUUGUAAACAAUUUUUUCUGAUUCUCAUGUUGAAAUAGUAAGAGAAGUUGGGGGUAGAAAUUAUAUCGCUCACAUUUGAAUGUGGUAGUUGGUAUUUGAGGGGAGGGAUGCUGUCUGUCACAAAACAGCUCCCCCAAGCGGUUCCCCAGACAUAAAAUUUUAGAAUUCGCCCUACCCUGUGAGAGGUUAGGCUCUAAGCAUGCUAAUUUAUAGCUAGAAGGAACAGCACAAGCCUGAUUAUGUUGCAUUUACCACCCACUUUCAGUAAGUAAAGUAAGACACAUCACUGAGUAGCAAAGAACACUUUAUGAUGGAAGUGGAGAGGGCAGAAAGAAAACCCAAAGCAUACGCAGGAGUCAGUUCCUGGUACCGUAGAGUGAGAAAGACACCUGUGCAGGGAAGGGCCCACUGUGGUCAGGAAAGCAGACAACAGGAUGGGAAGAACUCUACCUCACAGUUUACAUAGCAGAUAGUUAUGUUUUGUAGACAUUUUAGCCUUUAAAUGUCACAGUCUUCAUCUUUUCAGCCCACCUUUGUUAGUUUCAUACUUGGGUGAAUUUUUUCUACUGUGUAUUAUCCUCAUCUUCUGUUCUAUUAAACAAUAUCCACCUGUGAAAUUACGGUCAUAUGUUUCCAAUACCCAUGUUCAGAUACCAGUGUGUGAUUUACCUUUCCUAUGGGAUUUCUAAGGGCUGGGAAAUUUGGCUUCUACUGUAUAUCCUUAUAAUGUGCCCACAUUGUAAAUAUGCAAUAAAACCAUAAAAAAUACAAGGGCAGCAGAUUUUCAUAUGUAUUUCUUUGCCAUGUUGUUUUUUGACAAGUUUGAUUUCUGUAAAUAAAGAUUAUUCAUAAAAUCUA